AUGGCGCACAAACGAGCUCAGCUGGAGGAGGAAGACGUGCACUGUGAGGUCUGCUUCGACCUGCUGAAGUUCCCGGUGACCAUUCCCUGUGGACACAGCUUCUGUAUAAACUGUAUCAAAGGCCACUGGGAUGAGGAGCCAGAAGGAAGCCACAGCUGCCCUCAGUGCAGGAGAACAUUCGAGGCGGGGUCGUCUGAGAAAAGCUCGGCUCUGGCUGGUUUAGUGGAGCAGCUGAAGAAGAUCAGGAUCAAGGAUGCUGCUCAGUGCCAUGCCGGGGCUGGAGACGUGCUCUGUGGUUUCUGCGCUGGAGGGAAAGUGCAGGCCGUCAGCUUCUGCUUCGUCUGCCUCUUCUUUUACUGUGAUAAACACGCUCACUCUCACCGGGAGAACCCUCCUUCAAAGAGACACAAGCUGGUGAAGCCCUCCGCCAGCCUCAGGCAGGACGUGUGCUCUCGCCACGGCGAGGUCUUCAGCAUGUUCUGCCGCACCGAUCAGAAGUGCGUGUGUGGCCUGUGCCUGCUGGACGCACAUAAAGGCCACGACACGGUGCCGGCGGCGGCAGAGAGGGCCGAGAGGCAGAGGCGGCUGGAGGCCAGCCGAGGAGGCCUCCAGCAGGGCAUCCUGGACAGGGAGAAAGACGUGAAGCUGCUGGAGGUGGAGCUGGACUCCCUCAAUCGCUCUGUUGACCAAACAGUGGAGGACAGCCAGCAGAUCUUCACGGCUCUGGUCCUGUCCGUGAAGCAGCAGCUCAGAUGCCAGCAGGAACGUGAGGUGAGUCGAGUCAGAGAGCUGCAGGAGAAGCUGGAGCAGGAGAUCUCUGAGCUGAAAUGGAAAGACGCUGAGCUGAAGAGGAUCUCAGACACAGAGGACCACAGCCAGUUCUUCCAGAACCUCCCCUCUCUGUCCGCACUCAGCCAGUCCACGCCGUCCUCCAGCGUCGCCGUCCGUCCUCUGAGACACUUUGGGGACGUGACGGCAGCUCUGUCAGAGCUCAGAGAGAAACUACAGGACAUCCUGAGGGACACGUGGGCCGACAUCUCACUGAGAAUCACUGACGUGGAGGUUUCACUGUCAGAACCAGAACCACAGACCAGAGAUGACCUCCUGAAGUACUGGUGCAACAUAACGCUGGACCCAAACACAGCAAACACCAGCCUGUUCCUUUCAGAGGGGGACAGGAAGGUGACACGUGUAAUAUUUGGUCUUCCUUAUUCUGCUCACCAGGACCGGUUCACUGAGUGCCACCAGAUCCUGAGCAGAGAGAGUCUGACCAGACGCAGUUACUGGGAGGUGGAGUGGACUGACCAUGACGUUUCUGUGGCGGUCGCAUACAAAACCAUAAGCCGAGCAGGGCGUGGAAAACAGUGUCGAUACGGGCAGAAUGACCGGUCCUGGGCUCUAGUUUGUUCACAGCAUGGUUAUGAGUUCUGCUACAACAACACGGAGACCUCCAUCUCAGGUCCUCACAGCUCCAGAAUAGGAGUGUACCUGGAUCACAGAGCCGGAGUUCUGAGCUUCUACAGCGUGUCUGAAACCACGACUCUGCUCCACAGAGUCCAGACCAGCUUCACCAAGCCGCUGCACGCUGGAGGUCUGACCCUGGUUCUGGUCCCUGGUUCUGGUGCCUGGUUCUGGUGCCUGGUUCUGGUGCCUGACAGGAACAACAGCUCCAGGAGAAUCUCGACCCGGUUCACCAAUCAGGAGACGGCCGACCAGGAGACAGCCAAUCAGGAGACAGCCAAUCAGGACAGGGCCAAUCAGGAGACGGCCAAUCAGGACACGGCCAAUCAGGACACGGCCAAUCAGGACACGGCCAAUCGGAAGAAGGCCAAUCAGGACACGGCCAAUCGGAAGAAGGCCAAUCAGGACACGGCCAAUCAGGACACAGCCAAUCAGGAGCUUUGUCUGCUGAGGCGUCUCAGUCUGCUUGUGUGA